CUCAGAUUCCGCUUCAUCUUUUUUCCAAUGAGCAUCUGAACGAGCUCGAGCGACGAAACAAAGUGACACAUCAUCCCUCCAGAAAGCCGACAAGAUGGGGGAAGUAAAAACGCCCAGACAGAUGUUCCUAUGGAGCCUUGCGCUCAUUUACGUGUGCGCUUUCGCGUCCGUCUACAUCCAGAUACCAGGUCUGUAUGGCGAUGAUGGUUUGAUCCCCGUGCGCCUGCUGAUGCCAAAGGUGCAGCGCCCUCUGCUGGAGCAGUUUCAGGCCUCCCCAUCCCUGCUGUGGCUGGCCCCGUCUCUGGGUCUGGAGCCCCAUCAUGCCCUGGAGCUCAUCUGUGUGCUGGGAGUGGUACUGAGUCUGGGUGCUGUGCUCCUCGGGCUCCUGAGAGACAGUCUGGUCUACCUCUGUCUGUGGGCCCUCUACCUCUCAAUAUAUAAUGUUGGGGGUGACUUCCUCAGCUCAGAAUGGGACAUGUUGCUGUUGGAGGCUGGCUUUCUGGCUGUGCUUGUGGCUCCGUUCGGUUUGCUGCGGGGUUGCUCCGUGUACAGGAUCCACGACCCUGUGACCUUUUGGUUGACCCGCUGGCUGUUCUUUCGACUGACCUUCUGCACAGGUGUGAGUAAGCUGGCCAGCGGUGACCCUGCCUGGUGGAAUCUCUCAGCGUUAACUCAUCAUUUUGAAAACCAGAUGAGCCCCACCCCUUUAGCCUGGUACGUCCAUCAGCUUCCGGAAUGGUUGCUGAAGUUUGAAGCCGUGGUUCUGUUACAUUGUGAGAUCGUAGUGCCUCUUCUGAUGUUCUUUGCCCCCAUUCGGCGUUUGAGGCUUGUUGGAUUUUAUAUUCAGCUAUUUCUCCAAGUUGGCCAUAUCCUCACGGGCAACUGCAGUCUUCUGAAUCUGUUGACCAUCGCCCUGAGCUUCUCAUUGCUGGAUGACGAUCAUUUCAGCUCCUCUACUGCUCAAAAAAAGAAGAAAAAGACCAGGACAUGGAUGCCGUCUUUGGACUCCAUCCUGGUUCUGCUAGUGGAGUUGUCCGUCUACGUCUUGAUUCUGUUCAGUGAAGUGAAACUCUUCAAACUGCAGAUCAACUGGGAAGAAAAAACAUUGUCAUCCCAAACAGAUUUCACAAAAAAGGAGUUUGAUGAGUAUUUAGAGUCCAUUCAUGUCGCCACUAUCUGGGUUGCUGUGCUGUCGUUCACCUGGGAAGCCGUAGCGGCCAUGUUACAGUGCGUGUGCACAAGCGGCGUCAUGAGCAAGCUCUGGUCCCUCUUACAGUGGACGGUCAUGACGGCAGCAGCAGUGAGCAUCUUCUCCUUCAGCUUGGUGCCAUACACAGCCAUCACAGGAAGUAACGUUUUUCCCAUGGUACGAGAAGCUUACAGCGCCGUGGAGAAGUACCAGCUUGUUGGGGCAUACGGUAUCCAGCACAGAGUGACAUCUGUUGAAGGCAGACCUGAGAUCAUUUUAGAAGGCAGUCAAGACGGCUUAAUUUGGAAGGAAAUCAAUCUCAUGUAUAAACCAGGAAGUGUGAAUGCAGCCCCACCUAUAGCAGGAGCCCACCAGCCGCGCUUGGAGUGGGUGAUGUGGCAGGCAGCUCAAGGGGGGCAUAAUGAAAGCGCUUGGUUUACUGGCCUCGUACAUCGCCUCUUACAGGGCAGACCUCAAGUUGUAGGUCUGCUCCAGGCAGAUGAAGCACAAUAUCCCUUCAGUAAGAAACCGCCAACUUUCAUCAAAGCCAACAUUCACAAAUACCACUUCACAGAUCCUGCUGAAGACAAGUCCAAUCCAAAGGCGUGGUGGCGAAGGUCAGGCCAUACAAAGUUUCUGCCCAUUGUGAAACUAGAUGACCCUGCUCUUAAGAACAUGUUGGAACAGUCUGGACUGAAGGAAGAGUUCCCCAUUCAGCCUAGCUCAGACACGCCUGUAUCCCAAGCCCUCGGUCUCAUGCGGGAGCAGGUGAAGGGUCUCUCGGGGUCCCUGGUGAUUUCCACCCUGUUAGCAACUUUAGCUGGUAUCUUCCUCGUCAAAGCCGUCCUGUCCUGGGCUUUUGGAGGCCGAAAACCCAAAUCUGCUACAGCUGAUCACAAGUCGAAAAAAGAAUCUGCAGAGAAGAGCCACGGGGUAUCUGCGUCCAGUCGGGGGAACAAGAAGGACAACUCGGAGGACAGGAAGUUGGACUCAGAAAGGAGCCCACGCAAGAGGAAAUGAGCCCGGACGGUCACUUUGUGCCUUUCUGUUUGACAAGAUGCGCUGACAAAUGAUUUUUCUCAGGUGUACAUUUUCUAAGAUUCUUUCUCUACUUGUCACGCACAGAUUUGAUUGUUUCCCACUUCAUUGGAUUUCCUCUUUGUGUCAGAACCACUCUAUGUAUGUCAGCAGUCAAACACACAGUACACAUGGGAUAUAAUUGGUUGUAAUUGGCUUUGAGUGUUCAAAGAGUCUAUUUUUAAGCUGUCGAUUGUUACACCCGUCUUUAUACGUCUAGAAGGUUACAACAGAAGCACAAAUGCCACUUUCUCAUGCUAUUUAUCUUAUUAAACGGUUGCCAAUACA